GUAGUAGUCUACUACCAAUUACCACUUGAAUCCUUCCAAGCCUCCGCUUCUACCAAUUGCCCGUCGCCAUGGGAGUUGCCACCGAGAACAAUCUCCCGCAACCCUUUGCGGAGGAGACGAUUUUCGCUCUGCUGGACUCGAUCGGUCUCAGCCGUCCUGUCGCAAUCAAGCCCCUGAAAGUGACCGCUGCUUUCCACAUCAUCUACGUCUUGACCUAUCCCCGAGCAAUCAUUGCGCCACUCUUGCGAUCGGACAGGCCCCUCCCCUCAAGUGGGGAAGAAGAGGAGGUGGACUUGAUCCUGCGCAUCUCCGGGGAUCAUGUGCCGCGCAUCAAGACGGAGAAUGAAACCGCGAUCCUGACGUGGCUGCGCGAGCACACCUCCAUCCCUGUUCCCGAUGUUGUUGCCUUCGAUGUGACCAGUGCCAACCCCUUAGUUUGCGAGUAUCUGAUUUGCAACCGGUGCCCGGGCCAAGCCAUCUCCGACAUCUACUCAACUCUAAGCGAGGCUCAACUCGACUCGAUUCUGUUGCAGCUAAUGAAAAUCCUUCUCGAGCUCCAUCAACACCAGUUCCCACGAAUCGGAGGGCUGGCCUUCGACGAGCAGCAGCAGCGCAGCAUCACCGUCGGCCCCAUGCUGGACGAGCAUUUCUGGUUCACCGGCGACAUCCCGCGCUACUUCUCCAAAGAGGAAACCUUUACGAGCCUCAACUUCCGCGGGCCCUUCGAUAGCUUCGCCGAUUACGUCUCUGCCGCCGUGCGAUCUUACCUGCACGUGGCCGACAUCCAUCCCUCGCUGCAAAGCCCCCUGGCCCCGUUCCGCUCACGUAUCGCCGCCUUCCUCGAUCGCCUCCCCGCGCUCGCCGGGGACACACCCACGGAGUGCAACUUCUACCUCGCGCACAAGGACCUCCACUUUGCCAAUAUCCUCUACGACCCGGCCACCGACCGCAUCACCGCGAUCUUGGACUGGGAAUUCGCCGGCACCGUCCCCUAUCCGCAGUGGGAUCCGGUACGCGCCUUCCUGUGGAACGCGCAGCCCGGCCAGGGGUCGUUUGACGAAAAGUACCGGCUGCGCGAUCGGUUCUGGCAACUCUGUCGCGAGCACGGGGCCGCGGUGUUGGCGGAGACGGAGUGGCGGGACCAGCGGCUGGAGAGUAUGCAUCUCGUGCGGAAUGCCUUGCGGGGGAUCACAACCAAUGUGCCGCGCGGGCUGCACCCCGAGGCUGUAGAACGGUGGUUCGGUGAUCUGGAGAAAGGGCUGGCUUACUUCCAGCUGUAGACGGAGGAGAGAAGAGACUCUGUGGGGGGAAGUCAAGAAUUACUGGGCUUAAUUGUCGUCUGAUGAACAAGUAGGGACGGAUGAUUAUAUUGCUGGUUCUAUGGAUAUUUUAGUCAACGGGGGACCCAGUACUCCUGCUGCUUGAAGGGAAGGCUCCAGCAGAGACGGGUGUAUUUGUGGUAGGCUGCGUACACAUACAUAUCUGAUGAAAGCUACGGUGCCAUCUAU